AAUUUAUAAAUAACAGUCUAGUGUUAUAGAAUCAAACAUUUAAAAAUAUGGAAAAUUAUAUUUAUGAACUAAAUUCCAAUUUGUGUAUACAGAGUUCAUCUGCAGAGAAUAGUCAUAAUUCCAUUGAAUUUGGAGCUACUGUAAUACCAAUUUAUUUAAACAUUAAUGACCAGAAAAAUCCAGGUUACAAUUCUAAAUGUAUUGCGAUGAUAUUAGAUUUUGGUUCUACUUCACAAGAUGUUGGUGAAAUAUAUUUUAAAAAUUACUAUACAUAUAUAAUUUCAGUUUUGGUUAUGAAAACAUCAAAUACUGAUCCAAAAAGAUUAAAAAAAUGGUACAUAGCUAUAAAGCAAAAGAAAAUAAUGGAUAAUACUCAUUCAGAAUUGCAAUCACAAGACUAUGUAUGUAUUGAAUCAUCUGAAAGUGAAAUAGAUUGGUCAGAUUUGUAUAAAAUAAAACUGAUCUUGCGCCAACCAUCACCAAAUUGGAGUCAUUUUGGUAUAGAUGAUGUAAAAGUUGUUCGCAAAGUUUAGUUAAAAAAUGUAUGAAUAAUAUAAAUAGACUAUAAAAAAUAUGUUUUAUAA